AUGGAUGUUUGCAUCGUUGCCCAAGCAAAAACCUCCAUUCCAUUGGCUGAGAGAUGUCACGUGGUACCUACAUACGUGGAAGACGAAAGCCCUCCAGGAACCAACGAUUUGAACAAACUUAUCCAGAAUUCCCUUAUCCCGCUUCUGUGUCUUUAUAUUUCUGCCAGUCUUGCUGUUGCCUUCCUGGUGGCGUGCAUUGUCGUCUGCAUUAAAAGACAACACAAAAAGCCGAAGCGAAUCAAACCCUUUUACCUGACUUACCCUGCAUGGUACGACAAUCGAUCUUCCAUAUCCGGUUCAUCUUUGGUGUACGACCCACACGGCAUCCUCUCCGGCAACUUGCACACCCGCAGCACGCUUCUUGCUGACAGACUGGGCUUCAGCCGUCUUGACCCCGACUCAUCAGAUCUGCCUUCCAUGGUGUCCAGUCGUCGAGAGUCUAGACUGUGUCCAGGAAACCACAACUGCACAUGUAGCACUGUCAUCUCGGUGCUUCCCCACUCUGGAGAAGAAAGUGUGACAGGACAAACAGAAGGCGAUAAUGAGUUUUUCUUCCACUUCUAG